AUGGAGGGGUUGUCGUGGGGGUAUUUGUACGCGACUUGCUUGCACUGGUCGUUGACGCAGUUCACUCCAGCGCCCAUGAACAUUCAACCGCAGAAUCUCACAGAACGCGCCUUCACUAUCUUGGUUGUGGUAUGCGCUCUGGUGGGCUUCUCCUACGUGGUCGGCAGGAUCACGGGGAGCCUCGCACAGUACCGGGCUCUCAAGGAGGAGGAGACCAAGCUGUUCUGGGACCUCAGGGUCUACAUGAAGCAGAACCACGUAGCCCACCUCCUCGCUGUUCGCAUACAACGCUACCUCCAGAAGAAGUGGCGCCGUCAGGCUCACAACAAGACGUACCAACAGAUCAAGAUUUUGACCAUGUUGUCAGAGCAGCUCGAGAAUGAACUGCUGUUUGAGCUGCAUGCGAGUCAUCUGACGGUUCAUCCCCUUGUCCAGAAAUUGCUUGAGGUGUCGAGGGUGACUGCUCUGAGAGUGGCGAGAGCGGCCGUUUCCACCAAGCAGCUCGCAAACAGCGACCCCCUCUUCAUAUACGGUGAGAAGCCAAGCCACAUGUACAUUGUUAUUCAGGGGCAAUUUCGAUACACACGGAUUUCUCCUCAAGGCGAAACGGGGUCCGAGAGGGUCGACAAGGGCGAGGACUGGAUAGCGGAGCCUGUAAUGUGGUCGACGGAGUGGUACCACUUGGGCGACUGCACGGCGGUUGAAGAGAGCAUGCUCAUUCUAGUGAGCGCCCACGACUUCUGUAAGGAAGCGCUGCGGAACCCGGCAGCCUGGAUACUGGUCACGACCUACUGCAAAAAGUAUUUGGACUGGUUGAACACCGCCGACCCAGCAGAGCUCUCCGACAUCACCCAGGGCGAGGACAAAAACACUGCCAUGCGGAUAAAGAAGUUCAUGAUCCCGGAAGCGGCAUCCUCUUUUACUAUCCUGGGCAAGACCCACGGUACGGACGCCCACAAGACAACCGAUACCUGA